GUUUCCAGUCGGACAUAUUUAGCGAAACACACAACUCGGUUCACGUGGGGGUGCUCAUCACGUCUCAGCUGCCGUUAAAGAGAUCACCAUGCCAAAGAAAAGCAAAGCAAAGACCGCAAAGAGAGGGAGCAGUGGCGACGAGCAGCUCCCUCCCAAACAGAGCAAGUUACAGCACGUGGAGACCCAAUCCCCCCUGUGCUUCGACAGCCCGGUCCGCCUGUUCGAGAGCCUCAUACAGCCCAUGGGGACGGAGCAGUUCUUCAGCGAGUACUGGGAAAAGAAACCCCUCCACCUGCAGAGGUCUGACCCCGACACAGCCUCCUACUACCAGUCCUUGUUCCAGUUGUCCGACCUGCCGAGCCUGUGCUCCGAGGACCUGGAGUACUGCAGGGACGUCAACGUCGUGCGCUGCAUCAACGGCAAGAAGAAAGUGCUCAACAAGCAGGGGAGGGUGAAGAGCGGCGCGCUCAAUAAGAGCUUCGUCCAGAGCAAGGCCACCAUCCAGUUCCACCAGCCACAGAGGUUCAAGGACGAGCUGUGGAGGAUCCAGGAGAAGCUGGAGUGUUUCUUCGGCGGCUUAGUGGGCUCGAACGUCUACAUCACACCACAGGAGUCCCAGGGACUUCCACCCCACUACGAUGACGUCGAGGUAUUCAUCCUGCAGCUGGAGGGGCAGAAGCGUUGGCUCCUCUACACCCCCACUGUUCCUCUGGCAGCAGAGUACAGCCUGGAGUCAGAGGAGAGGAUGGGCAGCCCGACCCAUGACAUUAUGCUGAAGGCAGGGGACCUUCUGUACUUCCCCAGAGGAACCAUCCAUCAAGCCAGCACCCCAGCGGGAGUGGACCACUCCACCCACUUGACUCUCAGCACUUACCAGAGAAUGUCAUGGGGAGAUUUGCUGUUGGACAUAUUUCCCAGCUUGCUGAGCGACCGCAGCAAGACUGAAGUCAGCCUGAGAGAGGGCAUGCCCAGAGGACUCUUGCUGGGCCACAGGGAAAGCCCCGACACCGGCAGGACGCUCGCCGCUGUCCUCAGAUCUCUGGCUGAUGAUUUGGACAACGGGACGCAGGAGGUCCGCUCCACUCACAUGAAGAGAGACUUCAUCAUGAACCGACUGCCCCCGCACGGCCAGCCGGAGCAGCUGGAACCAUCUGGGAAUAUUCCUGCCUUGGAGGAUAUGGUGUGCUUGAGGUUUAAAGACCACUUGGUGAUGACAGUGGAGCCCAGCCAAGAGAAAACAGAUGAGGCCACAGUGCAGCUGGUCUUUGUCUUGCACUCCUUGAAGAACCAGAGGCAGAACCACAUGAUGGGUGAGGGCUGUGACGAAGAGGAGGAAGAGCACCUCUCCAGGGGCCUGCAGUUCCCCCUGUCCCACCUCCAGGCGCUGCGGCAGCUCCAGCAGGCCCAGCAGCUGGCGGUGGCCCAGCUCCAGCUGCCCACACCGGAGGCCAAACUCAGCCUGGUCCUGGCCCUCUGGAGCGAGAGCCUGCUGGUCGUGCUGUAGCACACCUCGGCGUCAACAUAGCACUGGAGUGAAUCCAUAUCUGUUGAUGUGUAUGAAUACCUCCCAAAUAUUCCUCUUUGUCUGGUGUGUUAUGUGUUUUUGAAUAAAGCUGACAUUCGGGUGUAUCUCCAGUCACACAAGGGGUCAGCGGGAGACCCACCACAGGUUUGAUUUAUAGUUGAUAUUUGAUACCAAGAUGCUUCAUGCAUAGUAAUAUAUGAUUAAGAGGCAUCGUGCUGUGAUUAGAUUCUUCACCGUGGCUUUGCAUAAAUUCAGUGGUGAUGGCUGUGAACUGGAGGUCUGCAUGAUAAUAUGGAUGAUGGAUCUUCUGUUCGAACCUCGUCGGCCCUUCUGCUGGUUAUGUGCCAAUUGUUUAGAGUUGCCUAAAGCCCAAAACAUUAUUACAUUUAAAGCACCACUAAAUUAGUAAUGCAUAACCGUUUUGGAAAAAUAUUUUUGACUAAUGCAGGGACAUUAUCCCACAUAGUUGUGACAAAGUAAUUUUCACAUCCAAUGAUUUAAGUAGCGAGAUUUACUUUUACAUGGCACAUACCUGUCGCCCCACAUGGGGUUUUGGUUUGAGGUGUAAUUCUGAGUAUAGUUUAAUGUUUAACCAGAAGAAAAUCGCUUAAAAACAAACUCUUAUUUAAGCAUUUAAACCGACACCUGGUUUCUUAAUAGAGCGAUCUUUUAAAGAAAUGUCUGAAACGAAUAGUUCACUAAAAUGACCUUUAGUGUGUGAAUAUCCACGUGUUACCUUUAAUGCUGCGUCACAUCAAAAGCGUUGCACAUUUUUCACGCGAGUAGAUUCCACGCAAAGUCAACGCACAGACGCGAAUGGUUGCAUUGAUAAACAUUUUCACCAGGUGGCGCGAAUCGCCUGAAUUUCACACAGCGAAAAAUUCGCCCGAUGCUGAGUUGCAAAAGCGAAUCAGCAUUGAGACGCUCCGCCCGUCAUCACUGACGUCAUGCCGUCGGUGAAUCUAACUGGCUGCUGCUACUCUAGAAGCUCUGUAGAGUCUUUCAGACGGAGUCGGUGAAAUUCGUGAUGUUAUGUAUAUAUAUAUAUAUUAGGGCUGUCAAUCGAUGAAAAAAAAGUAACUAAUUAAUCACACAUUUUGAAAUUCAAUAAUCGCGAUUAAAAGUUUUUUUUCUUCUAAAGACUAAAUCUUCUAAAUGAACGAGUAAUCCCUUCAGACAGCGUGUAUUUUAGACACUUGUUUAAUUGUAUUCUUUUUUAAAGAUAAAACUUCACACAAAGCUGUGUUUUCAAAGAGGCUCCUACCUAUAAAGUACCAGCGAGGUAUUUAAUAUCGUGGAUGAUAAAUUGUUUCUUCAGUGAAACAUCCAGAUUAGUAAACGAAGGUGUAUUAGAGACCCCAUUGUUCCUGUCAUCUUUAACACUGAACAGCAGCAGAACAAGUGGCCUUGGUAAACUGACAAAUGUCACGUUAACCCUCUGGAGGCUGGGGGCAUUUUCUCGAUUUUACUAAAAAACAAUGUAAAUUCACCUUUUAAAGGCUUUUGCAUGUGACACAUCCCAGUGUUUCCACCACCAUUCUAUCAGGGUGAGGCCCCGCCCCCCUGUAAUGUUCUCUAUAGCGCCAGAUUACAGCAGAAGUAAUGUAAGGUUCGUUCCUUAAAGACGUCUUUGUUAUUUCAUUAAACUAAACGUCUGUUGUUGGUCGUCUCUACAGCAGCAUGUCA